UGUGAGCGGAGCCGCCCGGGCAGCCGCCGUGCGCGCUAUGCGCAGCGUGUGAGGGGGGCCGAGGCCGCAGGAUGUGCAGCAGCAGAGAGCUGGUCACCGACUUCCUCCGCUACAGACUGCAGCAGCGGGGCCACAGCUGGAGCCGGCUGUGCGAGCAGGACGGCGCGGCCGGGCCCGAUGGGGGGGUGGCCGCCGCCGCCGGGCCCGAGGCCGAGCGCACCUGCCAGGCCCUGCGAGAGGCGGCCGAGGAGUUCGAGCUGCGCUACCGCCGGGCCUUCAGCGACCUGUCGGCUCAGCUGCGGGUCACCCCGGACACGGUGUACCGGCGCUUCGAGCAGGUGGUGGGCGAGCUGUUCCGCGACGGCGUCAACUGGGGCCGCCUGGUCGCCUUCUUCUGCUUCGGGGCGGCGCUGUGUGUGGAGAGCGCCGAGAAGGAGAUGGGAGCGCUGGUGCCGCGCAUCGCCCACUGGAUGAGCACCUACCUGGAGAGCAACCUGGAGCCGUGGAUCCAACAGGAGGGCGGCUGGGAUGCCUUUGUGGUGCUAUAUGGGAAUAAUGCUGCUGCUCGUAACCGUGAGUUACAGGAGAUGGCCUUGAAAUGGUUUAUGGCCGUAAUGGCUGUGGGUGCGACACUGGCCUUCGCUGUGUACCUGGCCCGGAGAAGGUAACGGCUAUGAAACUACACUAAGAAGCGAGCCUCGGUCAACAACCGCUACAUACAAAGAUGCUGUCAUUGGACUGGCGCGACUCUGAAAGCUGCUGCAGUGGAUCGCAGUUUAUUCCUGUAAUGGGACCAACUCUCAGCUACUCGUACGUUUUGCAUUGUGUAUGUGUAUUCAGUUUACAAAUAUGAACCAUUCAGGCUGGUGCUGUGACAGAAUGAAGAUUAUCUGCAUGAAAGUCAACUACAAUGAGUGAAGCUAAGAUUUGAUUGAGGAAUUUGGAAUUGGGCACAUAAACUGUGCCUCUGCCGCUGAUGUGACCUCGUGCUGGAUUGCCAAAGGUGGAGGACAUGAGUUCAGGCUUUCAGAGCUGUUCUGACAGUUUUGAGAUGCACCCUGUCAUAAAUGACUGAGCAGAAUGGGAGGGAGACUGUAUCAGAAGAAAACCAAGUCCUUGGGAUUCAAGAGUGAUGUACCUGCAGCAUAGGAGAAAGCUGCUGCAUGUUCCCAGGACAUCUGAAGCCUAAAAACCAAAGUAGUGAGAAAUGCCCUCCAGGAGCUGGGAGAAUAAUCUACAAGAUAGAGAGGGGUGCACCUUUUUGACGUUUUACUUACACAUUCAAUAUUCUUUCUAAUUGGCUGGAAUUGAUGUGGUUGGAUGGGGCGUGCACUCAGUGCUGACACCAAGCCAGUUUCAAAUGGGGUAUGUUCUUGAAGCCUCCUAGGUGAUCAUAAUCAAAGGAUAAUGUGGAAGAGUUUGAGUCAGCCUUCACGGUGCAGUCUGCAGAUUGAAGCUUCAACUUGUUUCUCAGCAGGAAUUCGAAAGGGGUCUUACCAUUUUCUCAAGAUGAUGUGAAAUGAUCAUUUGCAAAAGAUUGUGUGGAGUGCAGGUCCCCACAUUUCCUUAUUGUACAAACUUUAUUUUAAAAUAUUGGAUCAUGUGAAUGCCGUAAGUGUGACAGUGGUCACUAUUCAUUGUAAUCAUUCCUUGUUAGUUUGCUGCUUACACCACAUUAGGAGUAAGACUUAUUUUACACAGAAUAUCUUAAAAUUUAAAUUAAAAUGAUUUGUUUUUAAAUUAAACAUUAAAAUUCUG